AUGGGGUGGGCCGCUCACCUCGUCGUCCUGGCCCUGAUGGGCGCCACACUACUCCUCGCCCGUCUCGUCCACGCCACGACGACCCGCAUCUACCGACACAAGCACAUCUGCGACAAGCUGGACUGCGUCGGCGGCGUCAGCGCGACGAGCAGCACCCCAACGUGGAUCGCGGCGCUCUUCCGGUCCAUCUCUGGCCUGCAGGACGCCGCGCAGGAGGGGUACGACCGCUUUGUCAAGUCCACCACCCGCGGUCCGCGCCCCUUUGUGCUGCCGACCAUGUGGACUGGCGGCCCCAUCGUGGUGCUGCCGCCGUCCAUGCUGCCGCUGGUCAACCGGUCACCAUCCCACGAGACGGGCGUCCCGGGCCUGCUGGAGCAGUUCCAGUUCCGGUACCUCCACGCGGACCCGGACGUCUGGGCCAACACGGCCAUACACUUUGACGUCGUGCGCCGGGACAUGGCCCAGAAGAACAUGGCGCCGCUGGCUGCCACAAUCGCCGGGGAGUGGGCCGCCGCGUUCCGUGCCUGCUGGGACGAGGACCCAGCCGCCGCGGGAAAGACUGUCGGUGGGGUUUCGGCCUGGGACUCGGGUGUGCGCAUCAUGGCGCGCGUCGCCAUGCGCGUCCUGGUCGGGCUCACCGGCUGCCGCGACGAGUCCUUCUUUGAGCUGUCGCAGCUGUACGCCCGCGCCUUCAUCGUCGACGGCGUCGCCAUCAACUGCCUGCCGCCGGUGCUGCGCCCGCUGCUGGCUCCCGUGUUGGCGCUGCGGGUCCGGUACUACCAGCGCAGGGUCGUUGGGGCGCUGGUGCCGCUGGUGGAGCAGAGACUAGCUCGGGCGGCCGUCGAGGAGGCCGACAAGACCAACCAUGAGCCCGGCGACGUGAUCAGGUGGCUCAUCGCAAGGUCCGCCGCCGAGGGGAGCCCCGAGCAGAUGCAGCCCGUCAAGAUCGCGCGGCGCGUCGUGGCCCUCAUGUCCAUGUUCGGCUUCGCCAUCGGCUGGGUGUUUGCCCACGCCCUGCUCGACAUCUACGGCGGCCCGUCGCGGGACGACGUGGUGGCGGGGCUCGAGGACGAGUGCGACCGCGUGCGCAGGCGACACGGCGGCAGCAUCGACACCAAGGAGGCCGUGGAAGCGCUCUUCCGCGUCGACUCGGCCGUGCGCGAGUCGAUGCGCCUCUCGGACGUGUCGGUGCACAUCCUGCCGCUCGACGUGGUGGCGGGCGAGGGCAUCGACCUGGGCGGCGGCGUGCGCAUCACGCCGGGCUGCGGCCUGCGCGCAGUCUUCCCCGCGCAGAUGGUCCACACCGAUCCCGACAACUACGCCGAUCCCAAGACGUACGACGCCUUUCGCUUCUCGAGGCCGUUUGAGGCGGAUGUGGCGCAGCAGGAUGGGGGUGAGAACAGGGACGAGAGGGGAAAGAAGCGGGAGCUCAUGACGACCACGACCGCCACGUUCUUGCCGUUUGGCUACGGCAGGCGGUCGUGCCCUGGCCGCUGGUUGGUGGCGCACAUGGUGAAGCAGGCGCUGGCUCAUGUUGUGCUCAAUUAUCACGUCGAGGUCACACAGAGGCCUGGCCCGCGGAGGGCGCUGCUGAAUUUCAUGUUGCCGGCAGAGGCUGCUCGCAUCGCUGUGAAUCGUAAAAAGAAUGUCCAGAACUGA